AUGGCUCCGUACAAGGCGUGUCUCUUUGACAUGGACGGCACCAUCAUCAACACCGAGGACCUCUACACGGUGGCGGCGCUGAAACUCCUCGCCCGCUACGGCAAGGGCCCGCUUCUGUGGGACGUCAAGAUCCACCUCCAAGGGCGCCCUGGCCCCGAAGCGGCUCGGCUCUUGAUGGACAGCUACGACAUCAACGACAUUAGUGUUGAGCAGUGGCAGGCCCAGGCGUUUGAGAUCCAGGAAGACCUCUGGCGCCAGGCCCAGUGGCUCCCCGGAGCGCUAGAAUUACUCCAAUGGCUUAGCGCCAAUAAUAUCCCGAUUGCCUUGGGCACGUCGUCCAACACGAAAGCGUUUAGAAAGAAAACCGGCCACUUACUGGAAGGAUUCGACUUGUUUGGCAAACACAUCGUCUGUGGCGAUGAUGCUCGGAUCCCUAAAGGUAAGGGGAAACCUAAUCCCGAUAUCUGGUACGCGUGUCUUGAUCUGAUUAACCAGGAGCGUAAACAGGCGGGGCUUGAGCCAAUUGCCAUUGAGGAGUGUAUUGUGUUUGAGGACGGGCUUCCCGGGGUGAUUUCCGGUAAGAAUGCUAACGCCCAUGUGGUGUGGAUUCCUCACCCAGAAGCGAGACCGUACUUGGGUGGCGACGCCGCCGAAGCGGAAGUGGUGGGCACUAAUGGGACCGUGCUUGACUCGAUCAAAGACUUUGAUAAGACUCUAGUGGUGGACAACAACUGA